AUGGCAUAUGCUAAUAAUUGGCUUACGCUUUACAUUGCUGAUGCAUCUGAUAAUAAAAAUACUUGCAAUUCAAAAUUUCUCAAGACUAAAGCGAAAAUCCCACAAAAAACUCUCCUUAUUGUCGAUGAGCAUGGAGCACUAUUUAACGGUAUAACUCCGGUACCUAAUCAUCUCAAGUUGCAGUUCUUGAAAAUUUUCACUUUUUGGGACUGGCGACUGUCAAAACACGGCACGAUUAAAGUGACAGUUUUUGAAUCAUGGAAUUUUUGUCCAUUAGAAUAUCUCGAUGCCCUUGCUAAGGAUAAUAUGGACGGUAUACGAUUUGAAGAUGCACCCUUCCAACAAUUUAUGCGACUUCCUAACGUUGUUCUUGAUCUGCAUUUAACCAUUAGGAGUUUCGAGUUGUUCCAGAAACAACAUUUAAAUACCGACUUCGUUUCACAUGAUACAGGCUAUGUACAGGCUAUACAAGAAUCGAACUCUCCUUCUAAUAAGAAUCAAAUAGAAGAUUAUUUAGGAUUCUGUAUUUGGCAGAUCGAUAUCACCGAAAGGACAACAUCAAAGAAUCCUAAUAAGAAAAUCAAAAAAUUCUUGGCUUUGCGAUUUCAAAAUUGUUUACAUUCGUGGCAGCCCUUAUGGAGCAAUCCAUACACGUAA